CUUGUGUAUUGUGAGUGUUACAGGAAAUUAUCAUAAAUGAUAGGCAAAAAUUAUACAAUCAUCCUUCUGAGAAAAACGACAAGUUAUCAGUGGGAAAGAAUAAAAAAACAUUAAGGAUGAUUAUUUGUAUUCACAUCGUUGCCAAUGACUACUAUCACACAUCAAUUAAGAGCUCAUUAUUAUGUCAUGGAGAGUUUCCGGCAGAUUGUCGUGGCAACACCCUCCAAUGUGCUGAAGGUAGUGAGCCCAAUGAUUUUCAUCAACAAAAAAAAAAGCAUACUCACAAAUGGUUGAUAGAUUCAAAGUCCGCCGGAAUUUCUCAACCAGCCGGACCAAGGUAUCCCAAGUAUGGCCAAGCCUAACUGAGCUCCUCCUCUUCCCCCCGACAUAUUCACAAUGGGUAUCGACCUUAAGAAUCACCACGUGAAGAACACCAACCGUACCGCUCCCAAGUCGGAUAAUGUCUACUUGGCUUUGUUGGUCAAGUUGUACCGUUUCCUUGCUCGCCGCACUGAUGCCCAAUUCAACAAGGUCGUCUUGAAGCGUCUCUUUAUGUCUCGCAUCAACCGUCCCCCUGUGACCGUCUCACGCUUGGCUCAGAACGCCAAGGAUGGCAAGACCAUCGUUGUCGUCGGUACCGUCACUGAUGAUUCCCGUCUUCUCGAAGUGCCCAAGCUUUCCGUUGCUGCUCUUCGUUUCACCAAGACUGCCAAGGCCCGCAUCUUGAAGGCUGGUGGUGAAGUCUUGACCUUGGAUCAGUUGGCUCUUCGUGCCCCCACUGGUUCCAACACCAUCUUGGUCCGUGGUGCCAAGAACAACCGUGAAGCCGUCAAGCAUUUCGGUAUGGGUCCCCACAAGAACAAGAAGCCCUAUGUUCGUUCCAAGGGUCGCAAGUUUGAACGUGCCCGUGGUAAGCGUGCCAGCCGUGGUUUCAAGGUUUAAACACACAUUAUCCAAUAAAUCGAUGGAGCGGAAUCCUGUCAAGGUCGACUCGUCACUGAAAUUGGCUGUUGAACUCGAUCCACACACGGUUGAAUCUUUUUGAGUGAAAAUUCUUCUUUUUGAGUGGAGGUUGGUUAUGGAGGAUUGUGGGACGAAUGAGAAGAGUAUA